AGCGCCCCUCCAGUCAUGGACAGCAUCCCGCGGCGGUGGGUGCUGAAGCCCCUCCCGCUGCUGCAGCCCUCGGACCUGCGCUCCCUCGCCGGCCCGGUGCAGAGCGAGUCCACCGGCCCCGAUGAUCUGGUCUUCACCUACGACAGCACCUCCGUCUCCUCAGGGCUCGGCUCCCCCCAGAUACCUCUGGUCUCCUCCCAGCAGGGCGCCUGGUCGGGGGACGGGGUGGUCCAGGCCCGGCAGGUUGCGGUGCAGCACGGACGCGAUGCCAGCGACGAAUGGCGUCCCAGCAGCCCCGGUUUUCCCAGCAUCCCCGGCUCUCCCAGCAGCCCCAGCUUUCCCAGCAGCCCCGGCUCUCCCAGCAGCUCCGGCUCUCACUGCGGUUUCUACUCGUUCGUGGAGGACCCGGCGAGUCCAGAGGCCGAGCUGAACGAAGCCUGGAUGGUGUCGCCGCAGCGACAGGCGCAGCUCGCCACCCUGAAGGAAGAUAAAGGAUUCAAACUACAGACCUAUGCCGGUGGCAGGAAGCCGGAGAGUCUGUUCGCAGACAGCAACGGGGACUCGCCGUACGAAGUGGAUCCGAGGAACGGAACCGACGCGGUUCACGAAGAAGAAGAGAAGCAGCUUCGGCAGGAGAUCAUUCGCAGCCAGGCGCCAAAGAAGAGCUUCAGAGAUCAGUGGAGCGCGCUGGAGACCCUGGACCUGAGCAGACUGGUCCCAGGUUUUAGCUUGAGCUACAGUCCGGCCCGCUCUGGACCAGAACCCUCCGGGGCUGCCGAGCCUGGGACCGUGGUCCAGGAGCAGAUCAACUUCAGCGCAGCGCGACAACAGUUCCUGCAGAUGGAGCGGGACCGUCUGGCGGCACCAGGCCUGAUGGAGCGGGACCGUCUGACGGCACCAGGCCCGAUGGAGCGGGACCGUCUGACGGCACCAGGCCCGAUGGAGCGGGACCGUCUGGCGGCACCAGGCCUGAUGGAGCGGGACCGUCUGACGGCACCAGGCCCGAUGGAGCGGGACCAUCUGACGGCGCCAGGCCCGAUGGAGCGGGACCGUCUGACAGCGCCAGGCCUGAUGGAGCAGGACCAUCUGACUGCUGGAUAUAUUACUCUUAGCCGGCAGAGCAGUGUCUUCGAGGAUCUGGACUCUGGCCUGGAGGGGCAGCAGGAGAACAGGAUCAGCUACGAGACCCCGAUAGAAAGGGAGAUCCGGUUAGUUCAGGAGCGCGAGGAGAACCUGCGGCGCUCUCGAGGUCUGAAGCUCAGCAAAGGCCGAGCCGAGAUGGUCCAGAUCAGAACCAAACGUCUGGCGUCGCCGCUGACGCCCGGCAGAGCCAGAGACAGGAGCCUGGGGGGCUUAAUCAUCCAGAAGGAGAUCCACGGAGGAGGACUGGGACCGGCAACUAACAACGUGAGAGUAGGACAAUCCAGUCUGGAUCCUCUGCAGGUGCUGGAGGACAUCAAGACAGAGUUAAACCAGCCAAACAAGGACGAGAGGACAGCAGAAGGACAGUCUGAGUCCAUGUUGGCGUGCUGUCCUCAUCGACACCCUGAGGACACAGAGUCGUACCUCCGCUGGAUGAGUACGGCACAGUCUUAUUUUUCUGAGACGGACUCAGACAUCCAGGACGCAUCCGGUUUCAGCCGGCAUCAAACCACCAGAAUCCUUCUAAAGGACCAAUCAUCUCCCUCCUCCCCGACACCAUCCAGCUGUCGUGAUCUGCCCGCCCCCACACCUCAGUGCAGCACAGCGCCACGGUCCUGGCGGGAGAACCUGGAGUCCACCGGGCUGACGCCUCGAGGACGCGGCACUCCGGACUUCAUCGAGAAGGAGAUCAAGGAGGCACUGAGACGAGAGCGGGAGCUGAAGGAGCUGAGGGAGAACAAGGGGGACAGGGAGGACAGGGGUAACAGGGGGAUUAGGGAGGACAGGGGGAACAGGGAGGACAGGGAGAAGGGGGGAGGAAAGGGGAACAGGGGGGACAGGGGUAACAGGGAGGACAGGGGGAACAGGGGGGACAGGGGGAACAGGGGGGAGACCUGCUCCCCUCCGCCACUGGUGCAACAGGCAGCCAAGAUGGCUGCCAGCCUGUUCUACCCCUCGGCUAACACAGAUAAAGCUUCCAGUGUUUCCUCUCCUUGUGUUCGUCCCUCCGUCCGUCUGCCCUCCUUCGUCACCGCUCAGCCCUUCUCCCCCCCCCUCCUGCCCGUGUCGCGCCCCCCCGGGCCCCUCCCCCUCUCCUCGGCCCCCCCUCCCUUCAGAGGUCUGACGGAGACGCUGCUGCAGGACUUUGAGGAGAGACGAGUCAAAGAGAAGCUGGAUGAGAGCGCAUACGCAGGGAUUCAGCUGGUCGACGACGUGAAUAACAAGGUCGUCGAGUCGACCCGAGUGACUCGACAUAAAAACAAGCGCGCUCUGCUGUGGGAGGCCGGAGAGUUCACCAACCAGGCAGACCCCUGAGACCUGAUCCCCAGCCUGAACCUGAUCCAGAUCCAGAGCCUGAUCCUGAUCUAAAUCCUGAUCUAGAUCCCGAACCUGAUCCAGAUCCAGGUCCAGGUCCAGUUUGUCUCUCCACUAACAGAGCUUGUCUCUGAUUGGUUCUCCCUCAGCUGAGAUUAAAAUGGUUUUACCAAAGUGGAACACUCCGAAUGAACGGCUGCAGCUGAUUGGUCCCUGCUCCUCGUCCAAUCAGCUGCCAGUGACGGAGCAGAAACAGAGAUGACACCUGUUUUGGGGGGUGGGAUGAAGAGAGGAAUAAUUUUACUAUAUUAUUUAACUUAAUUUUGUAGUGAUUUUAAGAAUAUUUAACUUACCUUCAGUGUGUAUCGGCCAAUCAGAUUACUCGUCUCCCUCCACGUGUCCAAGUUGGUAAAACCUCCUCAAUCAACACGUUGCUAUGACGAUGCAGAUGCAACGUGUCUUUUAGUGCCCCCCCGUCACCGCUGGGAGACUCUUUUUUGAGACGUGUCUCUCUGUCUGAGCGUCUUCCGUUGUCCCCCAGGACGUCCCACGGCUCGUCCUAACCUCUGUCGGCCAUUUCCUUCCUUUCCCAGAAAGUCUCUCGUCUCCUCGUCCGUCCACGUCCAUCUGUCUUUGUUGCCCCCCCCCAUGUGUGAGACAGAGAGGACAUACUGGGUGAAAUGAACUACAACUUCUUCUUCUUUGUUCAGAUAAAAAAAUGUGGAUGAAUACAGCGCCAGUGCCUCAAAGAGAAUUUAGUUUUGGGAUCAGCCCCCCCCCUCUGUGAUGAUGUCAUAUGUUCUGAUUGUUUUCAUGAUUUUAAAAGAAUAAAAAAUAUUUUACAACUGCA